UCCGGAUUUAAAAACCAGCCCAUUAAAGACAUCAUCUGGUGCACGAAGCAAGGACAAGAGUGGGCACUUGGCUUGCUAAAAAGCUAUCCACGUGGCCUUCUGAUUCCCGGACCUCGAUCGUUUUAACAAGCAGGCACGUGCUUUCCACAUUCAUCUUCCUCUUCUUCAUUUCUUCUCCGCAGGACCCAGGGCCAUACUUAGGGUUUAUCCUUUUCAUAUAAACAAAUCACAAUCCCGUAUUUUAAUUUAGAAUUCGAAGCUUAGCAGUUGCGGUGUCGUUUUGAGUUGGUCAUUAAUAGUGAGUUCAAGAGAAACAUGGGUCAGGCAUUUCGUCGAGCGACUGGAAGGAUUGCAGCCUCUUCGCCUCCAACAAAAGCGAAGACCGCCGUCUAUCGGAAACCACCUGUGGGCCCCGCCGAAGAGGUCAAGAUUUCCCGGACUGCUGCUCCAUUGGACGGUCGCGAUCGUCCUGAUGAGGCUCAACUAUUCAAUGCCGACAAUGUGCUUGAAGAAAGAGAUCCCAGAUACGAUGAAAUGCUUGGUCAAAUGCUGGGAAGAGUUAGAACAAAGCCUGCAGGGAAACUUGAGAUGGGUGAGUCCUCGGUUCGGGAAAGAGAGAAGAGACCAAUGCCAAAACUUCGAAACACAACGCGAGAUUCUACUAGAUAUGAAGAAAGGCCAGCCCCACCGGGAACCUUAAAUGUAGCACAGCUUCGCCACAUCAUGCUUCUGCAUCAGGGAAAGGCUGAGGAUCAUGACGGCCCUAUGGAUGCCAAUCAGAUUGCCGAGAAGUACAGGCUCGAUGUUGAGCAGGUUAAGACAAUCUUUCAGUUUCUAGCAAUGCCUCCAGAAGAGGGCAGUAAACAGAAAAACAAUCAGUAAAGACCUGACUUCCUCUAUAUAAUGAAAGUGAUGUUACACUGAAUAAGGAACAGUGGUCAAUUUUGAAAUUUUUUUAUAUGCAAAAGAUGCAAAAUAUCCCUUGAAUCAUUUCAUUACGUCAACAUUAGGCAAGUUUGUAUGAAGGGAAACAUUUGUCCUGUAUGAGUCACUGUUGUUAGACUCAAACUCAAUUUGAUUUAAUUAAUACUCAACAACUUGAGCUAUCAA